UGUGGAGGGGGCGGGGCUGUGCGGGCUCGAGAAGGAGGGGCCGAGACUGCGGCCACCAGAGCUCGGCUCGGUCUGGGAAGCCGGAGAGCGGGGAGAGGGCGGGGCGGAUAGGGCACCCUGCGGCCGGCGGGGCGCGCUAGUGCUCCAGUCCGGCCGCCCUGAGGCUCCCGCUCUUGUGGGUCAAUCGGUCGUCUGGGCCUGCGCCGGGCCCGGGCCCAUGGCGGCGUCCGCGGCUCUGUCGGCGGCGGCGGCGGCGGCGGCCCUGUCUGGCCUGGCGGUGCGUCUGUCGCGCUCGGCGGCGGCCCGCGGCUCGUACUGCGCCUUCUGCAAGGGGCUCACGCGCACGUUGCUCACCUUCUUCGACCUGGCCUGGCGGCUGCGCAUGAACUUCCCCUACUUUUACAUCGUGGCUUCGGUGAUGCUCAACGUCCGCCUGCAGGUGCGGAUUGAGUGAGCGGCGGCGGCGGCCUGGCUGGAGGGGCGCGCUUGUCCCCGUCCGCCCCCGGCCGGGUCCCCGGCAUGAGGGACAGCUGGGACGCGGCGGGGGGCGAUGGCGGGGCAGCACGGGCCCCUGGACUCUAGACCUCCGCCGCCCCGGCACCACCGCCUAGCCCUGGCCGUGGCCCUGGCCCCGGGCCCAGCCCCGGUUUCAGCCCAGGGGUACCAGAUCGCGCAGAAACGCACUGAACAGGCCCCUGCCAUCGGGCUCCAGAAACUACCUGGGCUCGGCCGACCUGUUGCCUCACAUUGGCCAAAGAGGGGGAAGCCGGAAGGAGGGAAUUCUGUUGCUGCGACUUGACUUUCCAGGCCCGGAGCAGGAAGGCAUUGGUGUUUGUAGACCAUGACCCGCCCAUGCUCUGGCCUUGCCUGGGGGCACCUCUGGCCUGAACAGGAGGAGAGGAAGGGUCUUCCUCGGAGAGGCACAACACGGACAAAGGCUCAUGAGGCAGGGGUGCCUGGUGAUCCCGUCCUGGCUCGGGAAGGGAGGCCCGAGUUCCCUGGGAACUGAAAUCUGCUAGCAACACUGAAGGAGUGCAUUUCCUCCUCCUAAUGACAGGGGAAACUGAGGCUUUGGGGAGGUGGGGGAUUUGCCCUUGACACCAAGAUAGGAGGAGGAGGAAUUGAGUGUGCCCCUGGGCCUGCAGGCCCCCACACCCCUCCCCAGUCUUCUCCAAGACCUGGCAUGGUGGGAAGAGGGAGGGGGAAGCAGAGAGGAAGCAUAGGGCUCCUAGUGCACCAAGGGAGACAGGGGCCCGGGGGAGGGAACCUGGGGAUCUAGCUUUCCUUGGAGCAGUAUGGAAGGUAACAGGGAAGAUCAGGAGGACAGACAGCUGAGAUGGGAGACAGGAGAGAUGGGCCCCAGGACCUCUGGGGAGCCAAGCUCUCCCCACAGAACCUAGUCUCCCCACCCCACCUGGAGCUUCACCAAGGGCUCCUCAGCAGUGAAGUGGCACAAGCCUCCCAGUUCGGUGGCCAAGUGGAGGUGGUGGUGUUGUCGUGGCUCCUGGAAACACGACAUAACCAGGAGGUGAGAAGAGAUAAACCAGGGGUGGGCCUGGGCUGAGACUCAUGGCAUGACCCCAAUUCUCUCUCCUGAAGCUCGACCCACCAUCCUCAGGAUCACACAGGAGAAUCUCAUCCUCACAGCUUGGAUUGGUCCUGGGGGCCCCCUGGUGUGCUGCUAACUGGUGUACCACAAUGAUCAGGAGCAGCCCAGAGGGGAGCCAGGAAGAGACCCUUGCCCUCACCCUCUAUCCCCAUUUCUGCAUCUCUUACACCGGUACCCCAGGGUCCACGUUCCCAGUUCCUGGGACUGAAAACUGCAGCAGUCGGCCAGCUCCAGGGACAGAGUGGCCCAGCCACUUACCAUGUACCCUCCUCAGCUGCCCACUGGACCCAGGUCCUGAAUGAAGCUGUCCACCUGCUUGACCCCAGAAGAGGGGACGGUGGCUGCCUCGUGCCCCCUGCAGUCUCCCACAGCUAGGGCCUGAUGGUGUGCCUCCUUGUACCAGGUCUCCUGGGAACCCCUGACCCUGCUGGCCCCUCUCAUCUACCCCUACUCUGUCCACCCUGGACCCCCAUGGGCGCCUGUCAGCCUGCUGGUUCCCCCCUACAGAUCUCUGUGGGCAGCCUCCAUGGGACAAGAGUGACACAGGGCUGGAAGAGAGGAAUGAGGGGCCUCCUGGUGUAUAAUGCACAGAUGUGGCACUUUCAAACCCUGGUGUCACCCUCUGGGUGACUGGAUCCCCAGCUCCAGCCUCUUCCUGGGCCAGUGAGGAAGGGUGGAGGAAAGCUCUUCUCUGAGUGCAUGCGUGGGAGUGUGGGGGUGCCUGAGGCCCUCCCCAUGCAAGGGGCUCGGCUUGGGACCCUGGAAGCUGCUUCCCUACUGGGAGAAAUGCAUGUCAGAGCCUCAGGGGUCCCUGCCCUCAGAGAUCCCCCUCCCACUGCAGGAAGCCCCACCCUAUAAGAGGGGCACAGAAGUCCAUGUCUGCCCACCCCCGGUGGCUUCUGCUGUGGCUGUAUUGGCCUAGAGGGGUGGUUGGGGAAGGUCAGGGCUGAGCCCUCAGCAUCUGCUCCUGUUCCUGCUUUUUCACUUCUGCUGCCUGAAGUGGUAGCCCCGCCUGCUGCUCCUCCACCUCACUCCCUUCCUCUUCUCGGGGGCCCUUGCUGUGUGACAGGGUCUCCACGCACUUUAUUUAUUUGCAGUCUGUUUUCCAGGCAGCAGAGCUUCUACAAAUGCAGACACCGACCAGAAUGACUUAUGCUUUUCUGUGUGUGAUUCACUGUGUACUGGUCAGCACAGGCUGGCCAGAGAGAUGUUCUUGUUUCUGGUGUUGUCACGUCUUGUUUUCUCUAAGUUAAAAGAAAAAAUCCUUGAUUUAAUACACUAAAAUCCUAACUGGAGGCCUCCUGUGUCUGGUGGGGGAUGCAGUGGCCCCGGGUGGAGAGACACCCUGUGGUGAGGUCACCGGCUCCCAUGGCCAGGAACUGGCAGGGAGAAGCCUCCGAGAGGGAGGGCUUGGGGAGCCUGUGGCAGGGACGGUGUUUCCUGUUCAGAGGCUGUGCUGAGACCCAACUUGACCCAGACUACUGCCCCAUGAGAAGCAGGCAACAGCAUAGCCUGGCCUAGAGAGGUGGCUGCUUGUCCUGUUUACAAUGUCUGUUCAAAUGACCCAAAAUGUAAGUCCUCUUCCAUUUUAGAGUCUAGUGAUCAAAAGUGCCUGUCAGUGGAAUCCUGAGGGUUGAUUAGAGUAAAGUCAAAUGAAGCAGACUUCACGCAGGUCAUUUUGUGUAGUGCUGAGACCCCUCCCUGCCUGAGGCCACCUCCCACUGCCUCCCUACCAGCCAGGUUACUGCAGAAUCUUGGAGAAGAUAAAGGACCUGGUCCCGGAAACCUGCUUCCCUUCCCUCACCUUGGAGGCAAACUGUGCCAUCGGAGCCUCCCUCCCUCGUGACUCCCACAGGAGAGAGCUCCCUAGUGACUGCUGUAGGGGUUGGCAAGCAGGUAGAAGGUGGGAGAGGGAGGGCUGAGGGGAGUGUUAGAGGAAGGCCCACAGGGCCCCAGGAGGGAGGCAUCAGAGGACACAGGGAGGUGGCAAAGACUCAGGAGUGCAGCCUGGUUUAGGGGCCCUGGGGCCACUCCUGUUGCUAAGGGCUACCCAGGGGUCAGAGCACUCUCACAAGGAGGACCCUUCCAAAAGCACUGGUGCCAACACCCUAUGGUAUCUUCCACCACAGGAGAAAUGGGCCCCAGGCCCUGAGCUUCCCUCCCCUUUGUCUAGAUGGUCCUCUUCAGUCCCUGAUGGUCCCACUCCCACUCCAGGGAUGAAGCGACUUGGCAAACCAAGAUGGGGGAUGAUCCUCCCAGAGCCUGGCUCCAAGACCUCCUGAAGAGAGAGGACCCAUCCCUGCUACAGAGGAAGGGAAGGCAGGAAAGCCAGUUCUCCUCCAAUGGGAGCCCAGGAGACCUGAGCCCUAAGCCCUGAGCCCAGCUCUUCCACUUCCUACUGUGUGGUGCCAGGCAAACUGUACAACCUCGAGUUUUUAGUAAGGCUCCUUUGGGAUGCUUGUAAGCAGUGAAUAUGAUGGUGUCUGUUCAAUGUUUGUCAUCUGAUCUCACCUGGAGCAGCCUUGUUACUGUGGGGAAAAGGAACCAAGUGAAGGGAACGGACCUCUGAUGAUAGCCUGCCAUGUACCAGGUGCAUUCUAGGUGCUUUGCAUUCUAAUCUCAUCAUAAUCCCCAAACCACCUAACCAUUAUCCCCAUUUUACAGAGAAACCAAGGACAGGAACCAAAUCUGAAAUAGAACCCCAAGCAGAAGCUCUUUUCCUGAGCUCCCAAUCCUCCCUGGAGAGGCAGGGAAUUGGGUUGGAGUAGUGAUGGAAUGGAAUAGCAAAGAUGGAAGAUGACCCUGUCCUUUCUGGGUGGGGUCCAUGAGGCAGAAAAGAAAUCCAAGGCUUGGAUGAGGGUAGACUUGAGAGCUUUCUCCAAAUGGAGCUCCCCAGUGGGAGCAGCUGGGGCUACCCUGAGAUAGGCCCACCCGUCUUCCCUCCAUUCCACCUCCAGAGACUGAUUGGGACCUAAGCGACUGAGUCAGGAAAGGGCAAGAAAGCAGCCAAGUGGGCAGUUCCGGGGGCACCAGAGCAAAUACACUGAGAAAUGGGAAAUAGAAAGAGCAUGCAAAAUCCCAUCCUACUCCUACCCAACCCACCUUCAAGGUAAAUUGCUGGGUUUUGCACAAAUUUUCACUUUGUGUGCAUCUUUUACGUAUAUAAAACUGUAAACAUACUACUUUGAAAUCAGAUUCCACUAUUUCCUGUUUGUCUUACCAUGUUAUGUAUUUUCCUACAUCCAAAGCUACCUAGCAACUCUUUUGUAUGAAGGUUUCAUCAUGUAUCCCCCAGUCCCUCUUGGUUGUUUUCCUUUGUUGUCAUUUAUUUGGGGGGUGGGGGUUGGUUUGCUUUCUGUCGUUAUUUUUCCUUGUUUUCAUAAGUGAUAUACUGACAAAUGCCAUUGUGGAUAAAUGCUGUGGCGCAAUUAUGAUCAAUUCCUUGAUAUAUAUUCCUAGAACGUGCACAAAAGGGUAUGCAUGGCUUAGGGCUUUUGAAACUCUCCAGCGUUGGAGUACCAAGUUACACUACUCACUCCAGUCAGGAUGAGAGUUUUUUUGAGAUGAUGGUGGCAAUUCUGAUUAAAUAGAUUUAAAAAUUCA